AUGGGACAGGAUUGGUGGAAAAUUGAACCCAAGUACUCGGCUACAGUUCUCAUUGGAAACUGGCAGGAAGAGCAGAAAAGGUUUAUGAAAGCCACUGGGAAACUCGGCAGCAGCAUAUACCAAACAGACUUCAUUUGCUUCCCAGAUCACAAACCAGACCAAACACUAAGGAGAACCAUGAUGGAAAAAUUUGAGGGCCUGCCGAUGCAGCACUUCUUCACCCAUCAUGAGGAGCCAAGAAGCUGACAUCUGGUAUCAGAGUAUGACGAUCAAUACGAUAGACAUGGUUACAACCCUCUGCUGCCUCCCCUGCACAGCUGGAAUGGACACAAGCUUGCCUGGAUUCCUCAGAAAUCAGAUUUCCCUAUUCUUGAGCCACCCACCAACUACAGCCUCCUUGAGCACCUGAUGAAAAACUGUCACAAGGAAGCUGGAGUGAUGACCAGUGUCUACACCGUUUCCUAUGAACGCCCACCCAUUUUGGCUUUUGCUGCUUGUCAGCUGAGACAACCACCUGAAACUCAUGACCUCCCUUCUGACCUGGGACAUCUUCCCCAACUGGACUAUGAAGGGGGUCAGAAAUAUCUGCAAGCCAUCGGCUAACCUGUGUGAGAUAGAGAAGCAAGGGACGCCGCUCUGUAA